AUGAGAAACAGGUUCCUUAGAAAGUUGAAACUCAUCCCAACCGUAACCAACAUGAAACAACAAGGUCUAGUUCUUCAGCUCAACACAACCCCAGAUGUGUUUUGCAUCCACAAGCUUCCAACUCCACCAAUCUAUGAUGUUCAUCACAACCUGGCACAGCUAGAGAUUGAGAAUGAUCACAAGCAUGUUGAGGAGGAGGAAGAAGAAGAAGCCAAAGUAGGGUGCAAAGAGACAGAACUUGCAGAAGAGAAGUUGUUAGUGGCUCAUAAUAAUUUGUCACAAACCAAUAAGAUGAUGGCAUGCAAAAAUGAAUACCCGUCACUCGCUGAUUUUAAAGAGAUGUGUCCACCAGGGGGGAGCCACUCAAUCAUUCUCUACACAACAAGCUUGAGAGGAAUAAGAAAAACGUUUCAGGAUUGUAACACAAUCCGUUUCUUGUUGAGGAGCUUUAAAAUAGUGUACCAUGAAAGGGACGUGUCUCUGCACAUGGAAUAUAGAGAGGAGCUAUGGAAGAUCCUGGGAGGCAAAGUGAUUCCUCCGAGGCUUUUCAUUAAGGGGAGGUACAUUGGAGGAGCUGAUGAAGUGGUUGGGUUGCAUGAGAUGGGUUGGCUUGGGAAGUUUCUAGAAGGGACACCGACACAUUCUUCUGAUUGCCCUUGCAUUGGCUGUGCUAACAUGCGCUUCGCUAUAUGUUCCAACUGUUGUGGAAGUUGCAAAGUCUUUGCCGGCAAUGGGGAUAACAACGAUGAAUUGUUCGUUAGAUGUUCCGAGUGCAACGAGAACGGCCUUGUCAAAUGCCCCCUUUGCUGCUAG